AUGUGUGGAAUUUGUGAUAAGUUUAUAAAAUUCAUAAUCUAUUUGAUAAAUCCUAAUAUUUUAGUAUUGUAUUCAUUACAGAAUGCAAUUUAAGAUGAAAAAUUAAGAAAAGAAUAUUAAUUAAAUCUAUCAUCAUUAGUAGUGAUAACAUAAAAUAAAAAACUAAUAAAAUCAAAAGCAAUUUUUUAUUUACUUAAGUUAACUAAAUUUAAAUAUCUUAUUUAAAUUCAUUGA